AUGGAAAUGCGCAAAAAGUCUCUACUUAUUGGAGUAAACUAUACUGGGAGCGAUCAUCAGCUCAAUGGUUGCCACCGAGAUGUUGAAAACAUUGCCGAGUUUCUCAGCUACCGGGGUUACUCGUCGGAUCCUCGGUCCCAAGUCAUAUUGAGAGAUGAUUUGGGCGGUAUGUACUACCCAAGUGGCCACAAUAUGCUGGCUGCCAUUGAUUGGCUUGUCAGCGAGCCUGGAACCUGCAACUUCUUCCACUACUCUGGGCACGGCGGACAGGUUCGCGAUCCAACCGGCCAGAGACCAUCGGGCAUACUGGACACCAUCUGCCCCGUUGAUUUCGAAGAGCGCGGGCAAAUCGACUCGGACACGCUGCACCAGCACCUCGUAUCCCGGAUGCCGCCCAACAGCACCCUGUUUGCCAUUCUGGACUGCUGCCACUCCGGGUCCGCCCUCGAGCUCCCCUACGUGUACAAGACUGACGACGAGGGCAACGUCAGCCUGAUUGACAACAUUCGCGAGGGCAUGCACCUGAUGACGGAAGCGUCCGACCUGCUCAGCGGCGGCUUCAGCUUCAACAAGAUGGCCGAGGCGCAGGAUCUGUACGCCGGCGCCACGUCCUUUUUCCGCUCCUUCAAGCACAUGGGCGAGGAGCAGCAGGCCGGUCUCGGCGAGGACGCGGACAGCGCCAUGUACCAGCAGGAGCACAAGAUGGUCACCAUGUUCUCCGGCUGCCGCGACGACCAGACGAGCGCGGAUGCCAGCAUUGGUGGCGUCAACGAGGGUGCCAUGUCGUGGGCCUUUUUGCAAGUCAUGAGGAGAUAUCCCAACCCAAGCUUCUUGCAGACUCUGCACGAAACGCGGUUGUGCCUGCGGCAAUCCAACUAUGAGCAAGUGCCACAGCUCUCGGUCGGCUUGCAGAUGGAUCUGGAGCGGCCACUGACCUUGUAA